CUUUUUUUUCUUAAGAAAAAUAUAUAAAAAGAGUAUUUUUCAUGAGUGCUCUUCAAGCAUUUGUAAAUCAACAAGUGGUAAUUAUCACAUCAGAUGGCCGAGUUUUAACAGGAUAUUUGACGGGAUUUGAUCAAACCAUUAAUCUUAUUCUUUCUCAGGUAGAUGAGAAGUUAUUUUCUAUGGAAGGAACGCAAAUAACCAAAGUUGACGGUGUUUAUUUGGUUCGUGGAGAUAAUAUUGCAAUUGUAGGUUUAAUUGAUCAUGAAAUUCAUGAUCAAAUUGAUUGGACUCAAGUAAAAGCAGAAGGAAUUAAACCAACAAGAACAUAUUGACAUAUUCAUUAUAAAAAAAGAAUCAAAGAAAAAUACUACAUACAUA